AUGGAACUCAACCGAGAACAUUUUCGCGCCAUAAUUUAUUACAACUUUCAGAGACAAUUAUCGCAACAAGAAUGCCAUGCUGAGUUACUGUCUGUUUUCGGCAACGAAGCGCCACAUCAGACGACAAUUUCCCGUUGGUAUAGAGAAUUCAAACGUGGACGGGUGAGUCUUAGCGACGAUUCCAGGGUGGGUGCAGCAAAAACGGCAGUCACCCAGGCAGACGUCAAUGCCAUUGAGGCGUCCUUGAAGAUCUCAAAGACCUCAAUUCAAAAAAUUUUACAUGAAGAAUUAGGAGUAAGAAAAUUAGUUCCUCAGCAGAAAGCAGCCAAGGUUAAUUGGUGGCAAAAAACGCUUGACCCAUUGUUAGUGGUAAUGAGUCGUGGAUUUACUGUGUUCCUAGGUGAAGAAAAGCCAACAAAAGUCAUCCCGGGUCAUAUUGCAACAAUUCCUCUUAAUGAGCAAAUAACUGUUACUGCGGAUUGGUAUACCACCAUUUGUUUGCCAAAAGUCAUCACCCAGCUUCGAAAAAUCAACCCCGAAAGAAGAAUGAUCCUCCACCAAGACAAUGCAAGCUCGCCCACAGUACAAAAAACAAGGCAGUCUCUAAGGGAAGAAAACGUGGAAUUAUUGGACCAUCCUCCAUAUAGUCCCGAUCUAAGUCCUAACGAUUUCUUUACUGUCCCGGAAAUUAAAAACAGACUGCGUGGUCAAAGGUUGUCACCAGAAGAAGCAGUUGACGCAUUCAAAAAUGCCGUUUUGGAUCUGCCAGCAAACGAGUGGAAUAAGUGCUUCGAAAAUUGGUUCAAGCGAAUGCAGAUGUGUAUUAAUCUUCGUGGAGAAUACUUCGAAAAACAAUAA